UAUUGUGGUGAGAACGGGAGCAGAGUGACAAACGCAGCUCGACCUGUUUGAUUGGACAGACCGUCACCUGCUGGCGGCUCCACAGGAACACCUGAACUUCUUUUUCCCGGGAAAAGUACCGCAAACGUCUUUCUGAGCCCGUCUCCACGCGCCUUUCACGCGCGCGCGCACUCCGUUUGGGCUAAUCGGAUCAGCAGCGCUGCGUAAAGAGGAUCCGCGGCUGAUCAGAGCUGCAGGUGCGACGCCGCCGCGCGCGCGCGAGCUGCGUAAACAAUCCGCGGUUUCGACGCGCAUCGAUACCGGCUGACCGGAUAGGUGGGUGUGACGCAAUUCAGCGGGAGCAGACAGGUGCUCCGGGGUCUGCCGCCGCCUCCAGCAUCUCCAGCUGGUCCGGCCCGGUUCCGCUGAAACCCGGCUGGUUCUGCGCGUCCGAGGAGCGUCUGACCCGCACAACAGUUUCUGAGAAUCCGGGCGGAGCCAUGAGCACGCUGUCCCCCGACAGGAAGCCGCAUGUGGACUAUGGCGUCCAGAUCCGCUUCAUCAAAGACCUCCACGACACAGGUGGGGGCUUCCCUGACAAAUCUAAGGGGAGCGGCGGUGCGACCCCGCCCUCCAACAAGUACGGCGUGGCCGUGCGGGUUCAGGGCAUCUCGGGUCAGCCCUACGUGGUCCUUAAAGAUGGAGAUAAAGGAGACUCGUAUGGCGUGCAGCUAACCACCCCCACCCCCGAGGGGUACCACACCCUUCCCAAACGAAAGGACCCGGCAGAAGCCCCCAAACGGUUCGGCCCGGCGGAGAACGCGCCGCGCUCCCCGGCUCCACCCACCGAGGAGGAAGACGGGGAGAUGUUCGGGAGUCCUCUGAGGCGACCUCCGGGGGAUGGGCAAGCAGGAACACAAGGGGAGGAGGAACGAGGAGGUGGGAGGAGCAGAGACGGGGAGCGCCCCAAAUCUGAGCAGCCCAAACCAGCGUUCAACAGAACCGAGCAAAGACCGGACCGGACCGCUCCAGAGGAAUACAACGAAGCAGGACUGAAACCGGUCCGCUCCAGCACUCUCGGGCCCAGAAAGUUCACCCCCAGUGCCCCCAGCCUCACCAGCUCUUUGGGGCGGUACCGGGACAACAAGCUGCCUCCCCCCUCCCCGGAGCUCCUCCCAGAACCUCCUGGAGAACCUGCCGCCAUCGACACCAAGUCUCUGGCUCCCAUCAACAAACUCAUCAGCAAGUUCAACAGCGGGACGCCGGGGGGCGACGCCACGCCGACCCGCGGCCGCACCGGAGCCCGGCAGAGGCUGGACUUCGACCAGCGCACCCGGUCCAGAAGCCUCGAUGCAAGAAAGAACUCUGAACCGGAAGUUCUGCUGCCUCCAUCUUCCUCUGUGGACCCGGACGAAGAGGCUCCGCCCCCAUCCUUCACUCCUCUGAGGUCAUCAGCUCCGGCUAAAGGAAGCUCAGGAAUUGGACCGUCAGCCACGACCAAGGUGACGGCGCCUGUGGGCCUGAGGGCGGGGCUCAGUCCGCCAGAGAAGUCCACCGUCAAGGAGACGGUUUCUGCCACAAAACCUGUCAUUCCUUCAAAGAGUUUCCUCCAGAACGCAGACGCUGCAGACGCAGGCGCAGACGCAGACAAGGAUCCGCUCAAACGGGCCGUCUACGGCAUCCGGAAGGACGGCGACAGCGAUGUAUCCCUGAAGAGAAAGGUGGACGUCGUGUGUGAUCCCGCCGACAGUCUGAAGAGCGGAUCGGACGGAUUCAUCCCAGCGCCGACUCUGGAGGAGCAGCUGAAGUUCUGCAAGAAGGAGCUGCAGCAGACGCAGAAUGAACUGUCUGCAGAGCAUCAGGCCAGAGAGGCAGCCGAGUCGCGGCUGCUCCUGCAGGAGGACCAGCUGGCUCAGCUUCAGGAGGAGCUGAGGAGACUCUCUGAGAUCUCCCCUCAGACGGGCUCCAUGCAGACGGACGUGGUGGUCCUGCAGGCGAAGCUCGCCGAGGUCACCGUGCUGCAGCAGCGCCAGGAGGAGGUGCUGCGCCAGCGGGAGCGGGAGCUGACGGCCCUGAAGGGAGCGCUGAAGGAGGAGGUGGAGUGCCACGACAAGGAGAUGGAGAGUCUGAGGGAGCAGUACAGCCAGGACAUGGAGGCGCUGAGGAGAACCAUGGAGCAGUUCUCACAGUCCCAGGAGCAGAUCGAGGAGGAGCGCGAGAGGGUGAACGCCUCGGUGUCCAUGCUGGAGGAAGAGCUGGAGAGCAGCAAAGACCAGGGCGAGCGCUGGAGGGCGGAGCUACAGGCCGUCACAGAGGAGAAGAGGAUUCCUCGCGGGCGCCAUCCACUCAAAAAGUCUCAUUUGGAGCAGAAGAAAGUGGAGGAAGAACUGAAAGAUCUGCAGGAAUCUCAGCCUUCAACAGAUGAGAGCCGGGCGCUGAAAGACGAGCUCCGGCGUUGCCAUGACGACCUGAAGCAAACUCGCGCCCAUCUGGACCGACAAAAGGCCGAGCUGGAGCAGAGACACGAGGCACUCGACGGUCUGAAGAAGGCGAGCGGAGAGAAGGAGGCGGAGCUGCAGGCCGAGAUCCGCCGUCUGAAGGAGCAGUCGGAGAAGGACAAGGAGGAGCUUCAGAGGGUGAAGGAGGCGUCUCUGGACCACAGCGCCGCCCUGGAGCUCCAGGAGACCAACCUCCGGCUCAAAGAGCGGCUGGCCCGCAUGUCCAAACUCCCUCGGAGCUCGGAGCCCAGCGAGGAGCUGGAGGCCCUGGAGGACGAGAACCGCGCGCUCAAGUCUCAGCUGGAGGACGCCAAGCGAGGCGCCAGCCGGCUGACCAAGGAGCGGGACGAGCUGGGCCGCCGGCUGGAGGAGCGGGAGCUGGAGCGGGAGGCGCUGAGGAAGGGGAAGGUGGACCUGGAGGAGCAGAAGAGGCAGCUGGACCGAGCCCUGGAGAAGAUCACCAAGGAGAUGGAGAUGAUGAUGUCGGACUCCCGGCAGUCGGUCAGCGCCCUGCAGACGCAGCUGGACGACUUCCGGGAACGCUCCAGGAAGGAGCUCCUGGAAGCUCAGCGGAGCGGGAAGGACCGGCAGGCGGAGCUGCAGAGGGUCCAGGCCGGCCUGAAGGGCCAGCAGGAGGAGGUUUCUCGUCUGAAGAAGGAGCUGCUGACCUGCAGCGAGGACCGAGACAGCGCCCAGCUGGAGAGAGAUCUGCUCAGCAACCGGCUGAAGCAUCUGGAGAGCGAGCUGGAGUCCGAGAGGAGCUCCCAGUCCGACCGAACCCGGGAGAUCCGAGGUCUGGAGGAUAAGAUCAAAACUCUGGAGAUCGAGCUGGACGAGGAGCGGACCAGCGUGGAGCUCCUGAACGACCGGAUCAGCCGCAGCCGAGAGCAGGUCGACCAGCUCCGCUCGGAACUCAUGCAGGAGCGAUCCGCCAGGCAUGACCUGGAAAUGGACAAGAGCGUCCUGGAGCGGCAGGUGAAGGAGCUGAAGUCCCGCGUGGCGGACAUGGAGGGGCAGACACGCCCCUCGGCUGGAGUCUCGCUGCUGGAGUCCAAACUGCAGGAGAUGGAGGACCGCCUGCGCAGCGAGGAAAGAGAAAAGGCGACGAUCCAGGCGUCUCUGAGACGGACUGAGAGAAAACUGAAGGAGGUGACGACCACGCUGGACCAGGAGAGGAGCCAGCACACGGAGCAGCGGGAUCAGCUGUCCCUGCGUGUUAAGGGUCUGAAGCGGCAGGUGGAUGAGAGCGAGAGCGAGGUGGAGCGCCUGGAGGGAGUCCGCCGUAAAAUCCUGAGGGAGCUGGAGGAGCAGCAGGAGCUGCAGGAGGCGCUGCAGGCCAAAGUCACGUCGCUGGAGAACGAGCAGAAGAGGAAGUCGCAGCACUCGUACCGGCCCGCCCUGACCUCCACCUUCAGCUCGGAGGAGGAGGACGCUCCCUACGACGCCUCCAUCUCCUCCAUCCUCGCCGAGAGCAGCAGCUGCUAGAGGAGAUCUUCUACUGAUCUGUUUUCAAAAGGUCUACGUUGUGUUUUCAGUUGAACUCUGCAGCCAUGAGAGCUCCAUGUCGUCUGCUGGAGUCCUCAGAGCUCUUUUUGUACCUGAAGGAAUUUUUUAUUUAAAAUCUUUAGAAGUUUCACUUUUGGGCCGAAAUCUGAGCCGGUUUGUUUCAUCAAAGACGAUCAGAGACGUGGCAGGAGAACUCCUGAAACUCUUUUGUGUUCUGAAGCUGUUUGCACGUCUUCAUGGAAACGGAUUCUUCUGUUUGUGUCUGUUCUGCUGUUUUAAAUGUCUUAGACUUUCCUUGAGUCGACUCCGGAGCGCGUCUGUGUGAGCGCCGGCGGCUGGAACGGACGUUCUCCAGGAUCCGGCCUCCUGUUUUCAUGAUUUUAAGGAUUAGCUUUAAGUUUGAUCAGACUGUCGUGAUGCUGUGAAGACGUUUGGAUGAAAAGUUUGUGAACUCGUUCAGAAAGAUUUGGUUAUAAUAAAAAAAAACUGUAAACAG